UCUGGAUCAGUCGCGCUGUGAACUUCGCAACGCCUGGUCGUGUCCGUCGCCCUUACCUAUCGCAGACAUCGUAAACUGACAGACCUCGCGCAACAUAAACAUGUGUCACUUGACGAGGGCGCCGCGAAACUUUACCACCCGCUAAAUCUAAAGUGCACUUCGUGUCGCGGACCUGGAAGGGGCGAGGGGAACUGCGAUGUAGUUUCACGAAAAAUUGCACCUAUGUUAUGAGAUGUGAUCCGACAUAUGCCAACAUUAAAAUGGACGAAUUACCCGAUUGCGUGCACCCGGUGCAACAGGGAUCAGGUGAAUCCGUUCCCACGUUGAAUCUGUAAAGUGGCCGUGCAAUAAAAAGUGCGAUCGGGAUUUGCAGGAGCCAAGCAAGACCGUAUUGCGGAAUCAUGGCCACGUCGCUAACCGGCCUGGGGAUAUUAUGGGCGACCAUGUCCCUGGCAGCCGCUCUGCUUUGCUGUACCGGAUUUUACUUACCCUUUUGGAUUCAGGGUAGAUUGUUGGGCCGAGUGGAUGCCUACUUCAGUUCUUUCCGCCGAUGUAAUUAUCCCCGUGUGAGUUCGCGGGGCGUUGUCGAAAUCGUGGAAGAAUGCGGACGAUAUACGAGGUUUUGGGACAUCCCGAGUCCUUGGUGGCAAGCCAGCACCGUAUUGGUGGGAACCGGAAGUGCGAUAAGUUUACUCAUCGCGGUUACGGCCACAGCCGCUUGUUGUAUCACCUACGUCGUUCACUCCGGAACUGCCAGAAUAGCUGGAUCCUUACAACUAAUCGCAGCUGUUCUAGUGAUAACAGGAGGCGCUAUUUAUCCUGUGGGAUGGGACAACCGAGAAGUUCGAGAGUCCUGCGGGAACACGAGCAACAUAUACAGACUAGGGACCUGUGAACUGUCUUGGUCAGUGUACUUCCUGGCUAUCGCUGUUCUACUACUAUUAUUGUGUUUCUGUUUAAGUUUUUGCGCAUCUCGGGUGAAAGCGGGCUCGUUGCGAAUUUGAAUGUACAGCGAAAUGGAGACGACGCCACGAACCACCAACACCACCUCCAGCAACACCUUGUGGCAUACCGUCUCGCCCACCCGGUCCCGCCGCAGGGCGCCGUCACGAACCAUCUCUACCAGAACUUGGAGGAGGUGGGACGGCGGCACCAGGCGUCGGCGGCCGCCCACGACGGUAACGGCGUAACGACCAUUGAGAAAGUUGUGCAAUCGGCUACCGGAAACGUGCCUCUUUCACCCAACAACGCGAGGGAUCCAGACACCGACGACAUCAUGGGAGAUUUGCCGAAGUGUCUGAUGCAGGCACGCGAGAACGUGUUUGAUUAAGUAUCUGUAUUUUCCGCCCCUAUCAUUACGGACGCGCGCGAAACCUUUUCCUUGCCCGGGGCGUUGAAAAUGUUUCGGGCUCUGUGAUAAAACUUUAUUUCAUUAUCGAUAAAUUUUAUUGGAAACACGUAACUUUCCUCAGGUUUCACAAUGUCACGAUGAAAUGCCACAAUAUUCCAGACUAUAGUUCACUACUUCGUCACACACACCCUUGGAUGAGUUACAGCUACGUUCUUCGUUUUUUUUUUUUUUUUGUUUUAAUAGUGCGUAUGUUUUGUCAAAAAUACAGUUACCAAAAAAAUUGACGCAGUGCAAAAACUCCUAAAGUGCGCCCUCAUUUGUACAGUAAAACGAGUUUAAGAAAAAUAAAUUGUUAUAAAUUUUAAUAAUUUUAGUGUGAUUUCGUUAGUUGCGAAUAGACACAAAGUGCUAAAAACCAUCUCAUCAUAUCCGAAGACUGAAUUUAUUUUUAUUGUUAUUGAAUGUGUUUGAUAUAUUAAAAAGCUUUAAUGUUAAAAUCUGUUCAUUUUUUGAGUAAUUUUAUUGAUAUUAAAUUUGUAAUUAUUUAAUUGUGAACAGUUAUGAAACUAUGUGAAUAAAAAUUUUUGAAUAUAGAU